AAUGGCAGGAUUGGGCCCAGUGAUACCUUCAGUGGCAGGAAACACUGCUCCAUUGCCAAUUACCUCAAUAUCUCUAGGAAGUACACAGAAAAAAAGUUGGAUCCGCAGAGUAGCUCCUUGCUUGGCAUUUCUAGCGGCCUUUUCUUCGGCAAUGGCUUUACUGUUAAUUUGGAGCGAAGCUGCAGCUCUCAGAAGACAAGCAUUCGACGCAAACAUGACAAAAGACUACGUACUCCGAAGUGUCUCGAUGGACAACCCUCAGCUGGUGGCAUACAUCCGGGAAGUCCAGUUCAAAAGAGCGACUCACCAGUUCAACUUCAACGUGUCUGAAACCGGGGAAGAAAAGUCCCUGGUAGCUCUUCUUCAAGGCAAACGCAAUGGUGUUUAUCUUGAGUAUAUAAACCGGCCGGGUGCUGUGUUUACAACCUCCUGGCUCGAGUCCAAGUACGGCUGGCGUGGAGUUCUUGUUCUUACUGACUUCAGGUCCUUUUUUGAAACAUGCAAAAGCAGUAAAAAUCCAGCUACACGUGUUAUUCACGCUUGUUUGAGUACCGACAAAGAUACCAAGGAGGGACCAAAUAGUAUUAUUUUCUCCGAUGAAGGUCUGCCGACUAUGAGACUAAAGUGCUUUCCAUUGUACAGCGUGCUGCUUGCAUACAAUCACACAAAUAUUGAUUAUUUAAAUCUCGACAGUACUGAUAUAUCUGACAUCCAGGUACUUGACACUCUUCCAUGGGACAAAGUUCAGAUAAACUUCUUAUCGAUUCGCUGGAGUGACAAUCACACUAAAGCAGAAUUUGAAGAUCUUGUUAAUAAACUUAAAGUCAGGAAAUACAGGUUCCUUCAGCCAACCGACACUGGAAAAUUAAUAUUUAUGUACUCUAGAAUCCAGAGUGAUAAAUGCCAGUCAUUUCUUAAUAUAAGU